GGUCCGCGAAGGGUAAACUCGCGCAUGUGCACUGGCCUUCAACCUGCAAAGAGCCAAGGCCUCUCCAUUUACACUCAGCAUUUUGCGGGUUACGUGACGCAUCAUUUUUCCCGGUUCUCGUACCACACUAUUCUAUAAACUGGGGAAGAAAGGCCCAGAAGGUGGAAGCCAUAUUCUAAGAUAUCAAAAGAUUGAAGCAAGUAAUUAAUUAAACCUCAGCUCAGAUCAGCGAGCACAAAGCCGCUGGGAGCCAUUACAUGUGCGCAGCUCCUCCCCCCCUUUUGGCGAAGCUAAGAGAUCUGACCCUUCCCGCGACCUGUCGCGCGGCUGAGCCCCCGCUGAAGGCUAGGCGGGCAGUGAGUCGCCAUGGAACCCGAUGGGACCUACGAGCCGGGCUUCGUGGGUAUUCGAUUCUGCCAGGAAUGUAACAACAUGCUUUACCCCAAGGAGGACAAGGAGAACCGCAUUCUGCUGUACGCGUGCCGGAAUUGUGAUUACCAGCAGGAAGCCGACAACAGCUGCAUCUACGUCAACAAAAUCACGCACGAAGUGGACGAACUGACCCAGAUCAUCGCUGACGUGUCCCAGGACCCCACGUUACCGCGGACCGAAGACCACCCUUGCCAAAAGUGCGGCCACAAGGAGGCGGUGUUCUUCCAGUCACACAGUGCCCGGGCCGAGGAUGCCAUGCGCUUGUAUUACGUGUGCACGGCCCCACACUGUGGCCACCGCUGGACCGAGUGAACCACUCUCCCGCUUGUGUAAUAAAUGCUGUGUUCUGUGCGUGC